UUUCUCUCCCUCCUCUCUCCCUCUGUUGCGCUGCACCAUAGGACUAGCGCACUAUCCUCACUAUGGCAUCCACCGCAGCACGGACUCUCUUACUGCUUUUCGUUACCUUCUGUGCAUCGAUUCAAGCCGAAAAGCCCCUGCGGCCGCGGAACGUGAAGCUGACGUCAGUGGACAAGGGCCUGAGGGUGAGCUGGGAACCUCCCAACCAGCUGGACGGUCGCCCGGUGGACCGCUACACCAUCAGCUACGGAAAGUCCAUGAGGACACUGCGCUUCAUCAAGGUGGACAAGGACAGACGCUCCGAGGUACUGGAGGAUGUAGAGCCCGGAGUUCUGCACUUUCUGAAGAUGAGUGCAGAGAACAAGGAGGGGAUCAGCAAACCUGUCUACAGAGCAGAGACGCCAGGAGGUGGUGAAUGGGUCAAACUGGACGGCUUUGCAGUGGUGGGCGGGGCACCUGUCAAUGCAUCCUCUCCAGCUCGUCCAUCUCCUACUCCAGACACCCGGCCCAGGCCUGACCCCCCUGUGAGGAUUCAUGUGAUGACAGGAACAGAGACAGGACUAGAUGAGGCAUUGCGCCCCUCAGGCCUAACCUCCCCCAGGGGGCAGCGGAUCCGGAGACCCCCCCAGUCGUCCUCCGGCCCUCGUCAGCCAGAGAGGGCUAGGGCAGGGCCAGCCCUGCUUGACCAGAGGUCCCAACACCAACAACACCACACCCAGCCACAGGCAGACCAGAGAAACAGACACAACCUCAAACUAGCUUCUGAGUCCGUCUAUGUGGUAUCACUGCAGGCACAGAGAGCAACGGGGCGGAGCGCGCCAAGCAGCAGGGCCACCCUGACCAAAAAAGCUCCACCAGAGCCUGAGGAGCAUGAGGCCAAAGACAUCAGCGUGAGGGUCAUGUCCCCUCAGUCUGUCCUCAUCAGCUGGGUGGACCCGUCCAUCGAGAUGGAGAAGGUCCUCCCUGGGGACUCCAGACACUACACAGUGAAGUACAGGGAGAAGGGUGAGUCUGCUCGAUGGGAGUACAAGGAGACCAACCAGAGGAGGCAGCUGAUAGAUACCCUGUCAGCUGACAGGAUGUACGAGUUUUCUGUCCGCAUCUCCAAGAGAGACAACCAUGGCAAGUGGAGCACAUCUGUGUUCCAGAGGACCCCAGAAUCGGCUCCCUCCGGUCCUCCAGAGAACUUUCACGUGAAGGCGCUGAGAGGGAAGGGAACCGCCGUCACGGCGACCUGGGACCCUCCUGAGGAACCCAACGGGAGGAUACGUGAGUACAUCAUGUCCUAUGCUCCUGCCAUGAAACCCUUUGGGAUGAAGUCAGUGACAUACCGCGGCAGCAUCACCUCAGCCAUCGUAGACGGCCUCCAGCCUGGGGACCGUUACAUCUUCAAGAUCAGGGCCACCAACAGGAGAGGCCAGGGCCCUCAAACCAAAGCCUUCAGUGUGGCCGUGCCUCGUGGCACCACCAACAGCGCUGCCUCCCCGCCAACUCAUCACUCCAAGGGCCAAGGAGGCCGUAGAACCAGCCACACACCUUCUCGGACCACCGAACAGGACAGUUACCAUGACGAUGACACCGACCUCCAAUUAGACGCCGUGACCGAACAGCUGAGCACACCCACCCAGACCACAUCCUCCGCCACCAGACGGACACGCCCACUCACCCAGACACGCUCCUAUCACAGCAUCUUCUCAGAUGUGAGGGGCACGGUCAGGAAGGGGGCGACCAAUCAGCAACUAGGAGGCAGUACCUCUUCAGCCAGAGAUAAGGGGAGAGAGACAGAAACAGAGGAUGAGCAGGAGGAGAAGUACAAAACAACAGAACCCAAUCCAGAAGAACAGAAGAAGGUGAGGCUCACCAACGAGGCUCUGGAGGAGAAGAAAGAAGCAUUGACUCAGAACAACGGUGUUCCUUCUGAACCUGAGGAGGAGGACAGGAGCCAUGGCAGAGGGAGAGGGAAAGAUCCAGCUGUAGAUGAGACCUCUAGCCCCAGCCUCAAAACAGAGGUUCCCUCAUCAGAGGGCUCCUCAUCAUCGUCCAAACCCUCCUACCCUCUCCGCAAACCUCUCUCCGGUAGACGCAUCAACUCUGGUCGACGGCAAUUCUCCCGGACAUCUGGCUUAGGGUCAGUGUUCCAGCCGAAGACACAGGAUGCAGAAAUGGACAGUGCCUCCUCCUCCUCUUUGUCCUCCAGCCCAUCCCACAGCCAGGAGUCAGCAGCCAUCAGGAAAGACGAUGCGGUCACCAACUACGCCGAGGGUAAAAACACCUAUGACCAGCCCAGUGUCACAGAAACCAAACCCUCCCCCUCCACCCCAGAGCAGGCCAUCUCAGAGCCCGAGGCCGAGGCACCUUCUGUGGGUAGGGGUCCUACUCUGCCAGGUCGUGGAUAUGGUUAUGGCAGGAGGAAACCCGGGAUCCUGUCUCGAGGGAAUCCAAAUGGCCGAGUUCUGACUGGACUCCGCAAACCUGGGUCAGCCUCAACAUCGACCGGAGGCAAGAUUCCUGAAACGUCACACACUCACGGCUCACAUACUCCUAACGUGCAGGACUCGAUACACCACCAGGAGAAAAAUGACCACAACGACUACAAAAACACAGAGACAAAGGCCACAAAAGAAGAAGAACCCACUUCCAAUUCCCAGACCAUAUCCUCUACACAUCCCUCAGAGGAGGACGCAAGAGAGGACAGGAAAGAGGAGAGAGGGAGAGAGAACAGGAGAGAGGAGGAAGGGAGGGGAGACAGGAGAGAGGAGAGAGGGAGAGAGGACAGGAACCCCCUCCAGGACAGUUGCAUUGGGGCAGCAGGAGCUACGGGGGCAGCAGGAGCCUCAGGGGAAUCGAGGACCUCAGCAUUGCAGAAGAUCAGUGAAGAUGCUAAAACCUCCUCCACCCUCUACCCAUUAAAGAACGGGGAGAGGGCGGGGUCACCUAAACCCUCUCUGCCCAACAGGAAUGCAGUUCUAAGUGGAUCUAGGAAUCCCAUCACCUCCUCUUCCUCCUCCAACCCCUCCUCUAGUGGUCGUAGAGACUCCAGUGAGCCAGUCCACAGAGGAAGCAGCAUCAGGGAGGACAGCAGUAAUGACCAUGAGGAGGACUAUCUCUACGAGGGGAGUAAGGAGAUCUAUGAGAAAGUCACAGACCCAACCCCUGUCCCCAAAACUACUACCACCACUACCACCACUACCACUACCUCCGCCCCCAGUACCCCCCGCAGGGUGUCCCAGAGUGGGGAUAACGAGAAUGUGGACCCCAAGCUUGGUAGAACCAGACCCGGUUUAAUCCCCAGUUCUACGUUCCCCCGACGUCCCAUUUUAGGUCCCAACGGGAGGGUGAGAUCCCCCCUACUCACAAACAGGCAGACGGCAUCUAGGUUCCCCUUUAGAACACAACCAGCACAGAGCACACAGUUAGAUUCCUCUAACCCAGACACAUCCCCUUCCUCUUCUUCCUCUUCCUCCUCUAGUCUGCCAGAGCCAGACCACAGGGUUAACGGGGGCACUAGUGUUAGCACUGGAGGCUCCCCCCCUUCCCUCUCUCUCCCCUCCCUCAGACAGACCUCCUCUAGUGAGGGUUCCCAGGGGUCUCAGGACUCCUCCUCCUCCUCAUCCAGAGACUCUUUGGGGGGGCAGGGGAUGAGGAUGCGCUACCCCAGUCGGUCAGACCCCUUCCUCAGGGGUAAAACCCCCAGUGGAGGCCUCAAACCUGGCUACGGAAACGGUAACGGUAAAAAUGGCCGCCCCAAUCUCACAGUGACCAGUGACAAAGAGUCCAGCACACCUAAUGACAACACAAAACCUAAUGGACGAAGGUACAUCACUGGGCCUGAUGGAGCCAAAUGGGUGGUGGACUUGGAUGAGGGGGUCCUGAUGAACGAGAAUGGCAUGGUUCUCCAGGACUCUCAGGGCCGACCCAGGAGGGUGGUGCUGGGAGAGGAUGGACGCACCAUCUUUGACCACCAGGGCAGCCCAUUGGUGAACCAGGAGGGUCAGGCUCUGUUCGGUCAUGGUCGGGAGAGCCAACCAUUGGUCAACCCCAAAGACAAGUUCCUGACCGUGGGUGGCAAACCCGUCAUUGGCCUGGACCGGCCUAAACCCAGGACCACAACCACAACCACAACCAGACCUCCUACUACGACCACACCUGAACCAACCACGCUCCCAACCACCACUGAAAUGACCACAGAGGAGACCACGACCAUGCUGGUGUUCCCAUCUUGUCCUCCAGGAAUGUUUUUAAUCAGGGAUGAGAAUGGAUUUCCAAUGCUGGAUGCUGAUGGUGUCCUGGACUGUUAUCCUGAAGAUGAGAUGUUGUGGCAAACCACCCUGCCCCCCACCCUGCCCCCUACCACCACCACCCCAGACCCUCCCACCCCUGAACCAGAGAGCAGGCCCUUCAACAACAGCCCUUCCAAUGAGUUCGACCUCACUGGGAAGAAACGUUUCACAGCUCCAUACGUGAACUUCAUCCAGAAGGAUCCGGGUGCUCCGUGCUCGCUGACGGAGGCUCUGGAAUACCUCCAGGUGGACGUCUUGGAGAACCUGUUCAAGAAAGACAGCCUGGCCUCCAAUCAGAAACAGCCGCCCAAGAACAAGCCCCACAACAUCACCGUGGUCGCCAUGGAAGGCUGUCACUCGUUCGUCAUCCUGGACUGGGCCAUCCCCCUGAAGGACGACAUGGUGUCAGGCUACAUGGUCCACAGCGCCUCAUAUGAUGACAUCCUCAACAACAGGUGGUCCUCCAGCGCUUCCAGCGGCACACACCUGGCUGUAGAGAACCUCAAACCCAACUCCAGGUACUACUUCAAAGUCCAGGCAAAGAAUAUCUUUGGGCUGGGACCGGUUAGCGAUACGCUCACCUAUGUCACUGAAUCAGACGACCCUCUUCUUAUUGAACGGCCGCCUGGUGGAGAGCCUAUCUGGAUCCCCUUCUCCUUCAGAUUCAACCCCCAGCACAGUGCCUGUAAGGGCAGCCAGUACGUCAAGAGGACCUGGUACAGAAAGUUUGUGGGCGUGGUCCUGUGCAACUCGCUGAGAUACAAAAUCUUUAUGGGCGAUGGGCUGAAAGAAAUGUUCCACAGUAUAGCAGACACAUUCGGCCAUGGGGAGGACCACUGCCAGUUUGUAGACUCUUACCUAGACGGGAGGACAGGCUCCCCCAGCCUCUCAACGUAUCUGCCCACAGCACAAGGUUACUAUCGCUCUUACAGGCAGGAGCCAGUCAACUUUGGACCUAUCGGCCGGCGUACGCCACAUCCCUUCGUGGGAUGGUACGAGUGUGGGGUGCCCAUCCCUGGCAAGUGGUAACACAGGGGGUCACAAAGAGGUCAUCACCGAGGGCAUACAAACUCCAACCUGCUGCAGCCUCUGUCAUGCUCUCACUGACCCCGCCCCCUGGAGAUGAACUGUUGCUAACCACAGCAGAAAGACAACAACAUUCCAAACUUAUACUGCUUCAGAUCAAAGAGAAUAUAAUACUUUAAACAACACUAAUAUUUCCAUGUAUUCAUUACCAUGCACUUUUAUAAAAGCAGUUUGUAUAUGAGGGGGGAAAAGCAUGUAUUGCUAUUGCUUAGUUUAACUUUUGUCUUCUGGAUCGGAAAGAAUCCUUGUUUAUUCCCAACUAUUCUCAAGUGGAAGUGCACCUGUGAUCAUGACAACACUAAUGAAAUGGGAGAUCCUGUAAAAGACCAAAGCACAAACUGAAUAGUACUAAUGGGAGCGAAGGGAUUGUAUGUGUGUUUACUAUCAAUCAAGAGAUCUUGUUCAUAACAGUAGUAUGAUACAGUAAUGGCUUUUGACAACUAGUUUUGGUGUCAGUUUUCUUGAACAUGCAUAGUGUUUUUAUAGUCUUUUGUAUUUACGAGACUCCAUAAGAUCAGAAGUUACUGUGGAAGUGUUGUAUGUAUACAGACAAUGAAUAACAAUACUUAAUAUUUGCUCAGGAAUGGUUGGACAUUAAAUAAAGGUGCUAUGGAAAACAA